GAAGAAGAAGAAGAAGCAAAAAGUCACGCCCACUCACUGCUAAAGCCACCUUCAUUCCUACACACGCUCAUAUAGCCUCUCUCUCUCUCUCGUCCGAUGGAGUGCAAGGCGGCGAGCGAGCCGUCCUCGUCCUCGUCCGCGCCCUCUUCUUCCAUGGAUAGCUGUGGCGCCGGCGGGCCGCGGGCGACGGCCUCCACGGCGUCGUCCCGCUACCGGCCGGCGAUCGACGGUGGCCUGAGCACGGACCUUCACCUCGGGCUCAGCCUCCGGUCGUCAUGCUCCUCCUCCUUCCACACGGCCGACCGCGUCUCCGCUUCCACUCCAAGGAGCACCCUGACGACGACGACGACGAUGAGGCCAGCGGCAUCGCCGGAUCCGGCGUACGGCCGCAGCGGCGGCGCCGGCGGCCAUGGGCAGCAGACGCUGUUUGUGAAGGUGUACAUGGAGGGCGUCCCCAUAGGCCGGAAGCUGGAUCUGCUGCUGCUGGACGGCUACGACGGCCUCCUCGCCAUCCUAGGCCGCAUGUUCAACGCCUCCAUCAUACAUCCGGAUACUGUCGGCCAUGAUCACCAAGUGGUUCUUGGGGAGAAGAAGGCUCGCCAUGUUGUCACGUAUCAAGACAAGGAGGGGGACUGGUUGAUGGCCGGGGACGUACCGUGGGAGCUGUUCCUGGCCGCGGGUGUGAAGAAAUUGAAGAUAGCAAGGGCGGAUUGAUCAAGCAUCUUUGAUUGAUUCAGCUAUGGCGACUCAUAUGGUCUCCGUUCCUCGAUGUGCUUGGAUUUCAUUCAUUCAUUUAUUUGUGGGGCUAAGAUAAGAUGGUUAUUUCUUGGAGUAUUAGCCAGCAUGUACAAAAUGGGUUGCUUCAUAAUGUAUAGUCUGCAAAAGUGCGGGACGUAUUCCUGAAACAAAAAAGAGCAACACAUAUAUAAUACAUUUUCUUUACUA